AUCGCCUCGACGCACAGUACGGGUGUUCCUUCGUUUAUCUUAGUUUCUGGUACUUAUAAAUCAGUAUUUUUUCUUGUGUCGCACUGGGGCCCGAUCCGCGCCUCAAACUGCGCCUGACACCUGCAUCACUAAUUUGGCUACUUCUAUCCUAUUUUCCAGACUGGUCCUACAUAAGUGUAAUUUGAUUCGCACAACGGUAUAUGAAUCCUCAUAUUUCAAAGUUAAAGGAUGCAUGAGUCUUAUGUGUAGCGUAGCGUAUCUUUCCACUGCUUCUUAACGUUCAUCUGCUCGAUGACCCUUUAUGUCCUCAUCGCGCCACUCUUUGUUUGCUAGAUGGAUACCGUGCUUUUGAGCGACCUCGAGAGGUUCUACAUCAUCCAAGGAGCCGAACUUGGUUGUCGUACCGAUGGCCGUGCACCGAAUGAAUACAGGCCACUUGAGUUGGAAACAGGUAUCCUCAGCCAUGCAGGAGGUUCAGCUAGUGUUCGUGUGGGUGAAACUUACCUGAUGGGUUGUGUCAAAGUAGAGGUGGGCAAAACGCUUCUGACGAGGCCAAACGAUGGACGCAUUGAAAUUAAUGUGGAAUGUUAUCCUACAGCAACGUAUGUUUCGACGGAUCGGAGCGCAAGCGAACUUUCGGAGAAUUUAAAAAUGGUCCUCCUCUCUGCCUACUCGGCGGACUUAUUGGAUUUGCGAAAACUUUGUAUACAACCCGGCAGGCAAUGCUGGAUAGUGUAUAUCGAUCUGUUGCUUCUAGAAGGUGGGGGCAACUUCUUGGAUGCCGCAUCCAUCGUAAUUAAAGCUGCUCUGCUUGAUUUCACCAACUCUCUCAGCUCUAGACAUCCCACUUCUCAGCCCUCGGUAGAUAUGAAAGGUUCUAUAUUCCGCUUUGAGAAUGAGCGCCUGCCACUCUUCGUUACGGUACAUAAGGUGGGGAAUUCACAUAUUGUGGACGCCUCAAAGGAGGAAGAAGCGUGCUCGCUCUCACGGCUGUCGGUUGUAGUGUACCCGGACGGUGUUCUUGGACCGAUUGCUCAUGAGGGUUGCGGCAGCUGUCGACUGGAAACUAUCAUGGAAAUGUCCGAGCUUGCCAAGACUGUCGGAAUUGAAAUGAACUCCUCGCUGACCAAAACUCUCAGUCUAGAGCGGCAGCUUCGCUCGUGA